GGUGCAUUUAAAAAAUUAUUGGAUUGCUAAAUUAUUAAUCAUUUAUUUAAUUUUUAUGUAUUAUUUUGCAGACGUGUUCCUCUGAGUUAUACUUUCAUAAGCAUGAUUAUAGGAAGACUAAGAUCAGAUGAUAUUUACAAUCAGGUUUCAGCAUACCCUUUACCUGAACACAGAAGUACUGCUUUGGCUACCCAAGCAGCUAUGCUUUAUGUUAUACUAUAUUUUGCUCCAGAAAUAUUGAAUAAUCAUCAUGCAAAAAUGCGAGAAAUUGUUGAUAAAUUUUUCCCUGAUAACUGGGUUAUAAGUAUUUACAUGGGUAUGGUUAUCAAUCUUGUAGAUGCUUGGGAGCCAUAUAAAGCUGCAAAACAAGCUUUGUGUAAUACUAUAGAUGCUACCAAUAUAAAGGAGCAGUGUCAUAAGUAUCAUACUCGUGUUGUGAAACUGGUUCCCCAAGUUGAAAAUCUCCUCAAAGAAGGGGCUCUCUCUGAAGAAAUUGUUCUUGAUAAUGUGCCAAAGCUUUUAAAUAUAGCUAGAGAAUGUAAUGUUACUCUGAGAUGGUUGUUACUUCACACAGUGAUGUUGUCUCCAGUUGCUGAAUCAAAUAAAAGAUGUAGGCAGUUGAGAGAACAAGUAGUCACUGACAGCCAUUAUAAACCACUUCUAGUAUUUGAGCUAUUACUGUAUACUGCUCAAUUUGAACUAAAACUUAAAGAGCUUUUUAAACAGUUGCUAUCUGAGAAGCAUGAAAAAUGGACAAAAUACAAAUCUGAGAGUACAGAAAGAAUGUCUGAAUUAGGAGAUGUUUUCUCUGGUACAAAGCCAUUAACAAGAAUAGAAAAAAAUGGUAAUUUUAUAAAUUCAUUCAUUAUCCUUUAA